GUAGAUGCUCAAUAAGAAUAAAAAUAAAUCGUGCAUUUUCAAACACGGAACUAUAUUUUAUAUUAUAAGAUGCAACAAAAUGAUCGUAAGAAAUAUAAUUAGACAGUUUUUUUUUAUAUUAUUAAAAUUUAUGAAUUUCUGAAUAUAGUGCAGAUAAUGUCUAAACACGUGGCCCACAUCCUGACGGAGGAGCAGAUAGCCGUGUUCAGGGAGGCCUUCGACGCCUUCGCCAAGGACGGCAACCUCUCCACGAGCAAGCUGGUCUUCGUCAUGAGGUCCCUGGGGCAGGACCCCACCGCGAAGGAGCUCCGCAAGAUCAUCAACGAGAUCGACGUCGACUCCAACGGCAUCAUCUCGUUCGAGGAGUUCAUCGGGAUGGUGGCCAGGAACGUCGCGACGGUGGACUCGCGGCAGGAGCUGCGCGAGGCCUUCGAGGUGUUCGACUUGAACAAGGACGGCUUCAUCGGCCCCGUGGAGCUGAGGCACGUGAUGCGCGGUCUGGGGCGCAGCUUGACCGACGAGGAGCUGGAGGAGAUGAUCCGAGAGGCGGACUCCAACGACGACGGGCUGGUGAGCUACGAGGAUGUCAUUCAGCUUCUGGUCUCAAUGAAGAGUUCUCCUGGAAGAACGUUGGACUAGACAUUUCUGCAUGCCAAAUAUCAACAUCUGUGAAGCCAUCAAAUUAAAGUUGAAAACUAAGAUAUCACCCAAGUGUAAUUUAAAAGACAAAUAAACAUUUACCCGUACAUGGGAAUUAAUUCGUGAUUUAAGUUAUGUUAAAAUACAACUUAAGAAGUAAGCUGUUAUAUAAAAGGCCAGUAACAAAAA